UCGUGCCUUGUCCACAACCACCUCAGGCGCCAUCUUCUUCGAGGGCUCCUUGGGGUGCCCCUCUGUGCCUGCUGUGACAGGGCUUCCACAGGCACCUUCAUGGACUGUUGGGCCCUCUGAAGCCAUCCUCUCUGCCGCCCCCACAGCCUCCUGACAGGUGCUUCUGCCAACAACCUCCCCUUGGGGGAAGUCACUUCAACAGGUGCCAUCUUCGCCGCAGUUAUCGCUGCGGCCUGAUCACAGCUCCAGUUGAGGCACAGACCUGCGGGCCCCUCCUGCCAUGUCUGCCACAGAGGAUCCAAGUCUGAUGCCAGGUGGCCAGGACCCCAGGCCCCUCAGGGUCCCACUGUCACCUUCAGAAGGGGUGGAUGGAGUCAGGGAGAGUGCAGCCUUCCUAGCUUCUGAAGGGCUUUCCCGAGCCCUUCUUGAAAAGGAGGGUGGGCGGGACGCUGCCCAAGCCGCAGAAAAGAUCUGGGAUGUAGAGAUGCUAGAAGAGGAGCAUGAGGGGGAAGUGGAGGAGGAAGAGGAAGAAGAGGAGUUUGAUUUCGAGUUCGGGGACCAGGAAGUCGAUGAGUACCAGUCGCCAGAUUUCGAGUAUGAGUUUGGGAAUGAGGAGGAGUCUGAGUCAGAAGAGGGCGAGGCCAACGAGGAAAAGAAUGAGGAGGAAGAGGAAGUGAUUGAGCAAGAGGAAGGCAACAGCCAAGGCCAAGAGCAUGCAGAAAUUGCUGCGGGGCCUCCUGAGGCCCCCAUGACUCGAUUUUGGUCCCUCUUCAGGGUUUUGAUUCAUUCCCUGCUACACCGUAUCCAUGAUAAUGACCAUGUCCUGGUCCAGCCCCACACAUGCUGCAUGGUGAUCAGCUGCCACUCCUGGGAGGCCCAGGACUGUGGAGAGGGACCGGUGCCUCCAGAUGUGGAAGAGCCAGGAAGAGUCCUGGAUCAGGAGCACCCGAGAGAGGAAGCAGAAGUCUGGGUGGGCGAAUACCAGGCAGAGGGCUCCCCACCCUGAGGGCGACAGGCACCAACAGAGGGCCCUGCAUCCCAAAAGGCAGAGGAACCUGCAGCAGAGGCCCUGGGAGAUGCCUCUGAGUCCUAGGAAGAUGGGGACUGUGUAUCCUUCAAGUUCCAAGAUGGUGAGUGGCGGCCAAGUCCUCAGGACCUUGAAGCCCCCACUGGGGCACCCAGCUUAAAGGCAGGCAGUACUCAGCACUUGCUUUUAGCCAUUAAGCAGCAGGUGAAAGCUCUCAAAAACCUUCAGGCCCAGUAUGCCCAAGUAGAAGCUCAAUUCUACAGAGAUUUUCACGAUCUAGAGAAAAAGUAUGCUGCGUUCUACCAACCUCUGUUUGAUAAGAGAUCUGAGAUCAUCAAUGCAAUCCAUGAGCCCACAGAAGGUGAAUGUCAGUGGCAAGUAGGUGUUCAUGAAGGCACAUGUGGAGAUAUGGAAAGAGAGCCUGUGGGAGAAGGGCACACAAAUGGCAUACCUCACUUUUGGUUGACGGCUUUUUAAAACGUGAAGAUCCUCAGCAGGAUGAUCCAAAAAAGUGAUGAGCUUGUACUAGAGCACCUGGAAGAUGUAAAAAUUAAAAUUUCAGGAUUCGAGGAACCAAUGAGCUUCACCAUAGAAUUCAUCUUCAAGUCAAAUGAAUACUUUUUCAACAAAGUCCUGACGAAAACCUACCAACUGCGAUCAGACCCAGGUGAUUCUGAUCCCUUCUUCUCCAAAGGGCCAGAAAUUAUCAGUAGCACAGGGUGUAAGAUCUACUGGAAAGAGGGGAAAGAUGUCACCAUGAAAACUAGCAAGCUGCAGAGAGGUGAGGUCCGCAGAAGUUUUGCAUCCACCACCAGGAAGAUGCCUGGCUCUUCUUUCUUUUUUUUUUUUUUUCUGGCUCUUCUUUCUUCACCUACUUCUAUCCUCCUGAUUCUCCUGAGGUCAGAGAGAUGGAUGUUGCCACCGAUUAUAAAUUGGGCUAUUUUUUCCAUGAAGUUCUGGUCCAGAAGUCUGUGUUAUUCUUCACUAAUGAAGCCAGAGAUUAUAACUAUGAAAGUGCUGACGAUGAUGCCCGAGAAGCUGGAAGUGAGGAAAAGAAAGAAGUGAUCAGAAAUGAAAAACCUGACAAAAGGGCUGGAAAAGAUCUGGACCCAGAAGAGAGCAGUUGCUAAGAACCCAGUUCGGAGGCAUAGAAGACAUGAAUGAAGAAAGCAACAAUGUGUUUGUUCUUCAUGGAAUCAAGAUUUUCCAAUUUUCACUUGUCCAUGAAAUUUUAUCACCAUUCAUUUUAUUCCAAUGUCUUCAGAUAUUCCAGAAUUAUGACAGCAGUUGUUCACAUUAAAAAUAAAUGUUUGUUUAAAAUGAAUAAUUCGCAGAUUUUUUAGAUAUAUAGCACCAACUCAGAUCUAUCUUUGUAUCUUUUUGUUUGGGCCCACCUGACUAUUAC